AUGGAUGAGAUGAAAGCAGAUUUCUCCGAAAACGACAACGCGUUCUUUCUCUGUUCCAUGUCGCUGAUCAUUUUCCGUAAGUCUGAGCGAUGACUGGUUCCGUGACCUUCAUCGUUCUUAUUUCAGUGAUGCAAUGUGGUUUCGCUUUUCUGGAAGCAGGUGCAGUACGUAGUAAAAACACUACAAAUAUCUUGAUUAAAAAUUUAUUAGAUUCAUGUAAGUCUGAAAGGUGAAAAGCUCGUUGACUGAAACGCUGUUCAGGCAUUGCGAUCGUUGGAUAUUGGGCUUUGGGCUGGGCGUUUGCGUUCGGGGACUGUCCGAAUGAUAUCAUCGGUCUGUUCAUCGGAUACUCACAAUUCUUUUUGGCCAACUUCACCAAUUACCCAAAGUGAGCAAGCCUGCAAUCCUGCAAACCUUUCACUUCGAUCACCUGAAAAACAUGAUCUCUGUUUGAAGUCAGUUGGUAUGCAAUCCAAAGUUCAAUGAUUAUUACUCUCAAAAUCGAACACAAACUUAUGAAUAUUGCUUCUGCGAACGAAAUCAAAAGUUCACAGAACAAAAUCAUUAUGGUGGCGACUCGUACUGUAAAAAACAAACAAAACACGUUAUCAUAAUUCUGCUAGCUUCUCUUCUCGGCGACCUGAUAAUUUAAGCCUAUAAGCCGAUUGGAAUGAUUUCUCAAAAACCAAAAUAUUAAAACAUCAGAUUCUUCUUCCAAUACGUCUUUGCCGCCACGUCAGCAACAAUCGUGUCUGGAGCUGUCGCCGAGCGUUGUGAAUUCGCCAAUUACAUCACUUACUGUACAGUAAUCUCAAGUGAGGUCUAGAAGCGCUAGACGUCUAUUCUUUUUCUAUCGUUCAGCAUUCGUCUACCCUAUUCUGACUCACUGGGGGUGGCAUCCCAAGGGAUGGAUGGCGCAGGGCAUCACAGCUGGGGUUAUCAAUACACGCUAUGAUGUAUGGCAAGAAACAAAACUAUGGUAUAUGUAUGGAGCGUGAUGUUUUUUAGGACUUUGCUGGCUCCGGCGUCGUUCAUCUUUGCGGUGGAUCCAUUUCUUUCCUGGCCGCCUACAUAAUGGGCCCCCGAAUUGGAAGAUUCCCGGACGACAAAGAUGAAGAGUCUGAUGAAAUUCUUGGUCACUCUGUUCCAGUGAGUUACGGAGAAUUGAUAAAUCGGACAGUUAUUAAUUUAUCAACGCGGGAAAGUGAUGAUGAUAACAAACUCUUAAAAUGCACCGUUUAUAUAAUCGUUUGGUCUUCAGAUAGUUUGAUUUAGAAGAGGAAAUACAUUGAUAACGAAUUAUGAAUAAGUGGAUCAAUUCUUUCAGUUCGCAGCAUUGGGAGGUUUCAUCCUCAUGUUCGGAUUCCUCGCCUUCAACGGAGGAUCAAUGGCAGACAUCGUGAAGCCAGGAGAGGGACACAUUGUCGCAUUGGCCAUGGUUAACACUAUCCUCAGUGGUGCUUUUGCUGCUCUCAGUUACCUCAUUGCUCAUUUUUUGUAUCAUGGAAAAUGGACUCUGCUCCUGACCAUCAACGCGUGUCUCGCUGGAAUGGUUUCCUCGUGUGCUGGCUGUAACAAGAUGGAACCAUGGGCAUGCAUUUUUGUUGGAGUUGGAGCCGGACUCAUUUAUUUGACGUUGAGCAGGUCUAUGAUUAAGUGAGAAACUAAACAUUCUUUUUUUUUCUGAAAUAAUAUCAUUUUUCACUUCAGAUUGAAAAUCGAUGAUCCUCUCGACGCAUUCGCAGUUCAUGCCGGUGGCGGUCUCUGGGGAUUGACCUCCGUUGCGAUCAUUGGUCACGAUGGUGUAGUUUACGCAAUUGCCAACACUAUCGGAGGAGCGAACAAUGGAGGCGAUCAAAUUUCACAAGCAUUUGCGGUAAAUUAAUGGAAUCUUCAAACUACAAUGAAAACAGUUGAAAUUUCAGCAACUCGGUUGGCAAUGGGUGUGCGCUAUUGCCAUUGUUGCUUGGUCUUUUCUGUGGAUGUGGCCAAUCUUCGGCGUUUUGAAGAAGAUCGGAAAACUGAGAGUCAGCGCUGAAGUUGAAAUCAAUGGUUUGGAUAUAUACAAGCACGGGGAAUCAGCAUACCCACUUCACGCGUAUGGCCACGGAUGGCAUGAUUUUGAGAAGGCGCCAAGCACAAGCGGUCAUCACAGCAAACAUCUUCCAGUCGGCAGAAAGAACCGAAUCAUGAGUGUUCAUCCUGAGAGUGAGUUGUUUUAAUGAAGAUUCACGGAAUUAUGUUGAUAUUUCAGUGUCAUUGGAACAGUUGGCAUCGGUUUACGAGAGAAGUGGAAGUGUGACAGAGUCCGAUCAGCCAAAGAGACUGUUCCUGAAUCAAAUGGAGAGAAGAAAAUCGCGGAUGAUAGAGGCUAAUGCCCUUAAUAAUCUCUAUUUGAAUGAUGAUGAAGUGCCGGCGCGCGAGAGCACAACUUCAAAAAUUGUCAGUCUCCAAGUCCCGACGAUCGUGGAAUCUCCUGAGGAAGAUACAACAGCUGGAAACAGUUGGACUUGA